AUGGCAAGAGAGAGCAGAGGGCUAGGCGAAGGCCGAUUCUGUAAGAAUCAGGUAAAGGGAGAAGAUGAGGAAGAGAACAAUCUGGAAGUACGAGAAACCAAAAUUAAGGGUAAAAGUGGGAGAUUCUUCACAGUCAGGCUUCCAAUUGCUCUUGAUCCUGGGGCCAAGAUUUCAGUCACUGUGGAGACAGUCUACACCCAUGUGCUUCAGCCGUAUCCAACCCAGAUCACCCAGUCAGAGAAACAGUUUGUGGUGUUUGAGGGGAACCAUUAUUUCUACUCUCCCUAUCCAACGAAGGCACAAACCAUGCGAGUGAAGCUUGCUUCCCGAAAUGUGGAGAGCUACACAAAGCUGGGGAACCCCACACGCUCCGAGGACCUUUUGGAUUAUGGGCCUUUCAGAGACAUCCCUGCCUAUAGUCAGGCAAAGCUACUGUUUUCAGAUGGAGAAAAAGUAAUACCCAGGUUGACACAUGAGCUUCCAGGGAUAAAGCGUGGCCGGCAAGCAGAAGAGGAAUGUGCCCAUCGAGGAAGCCCCAUUCCUAAAAAGAGAAAAGGACGACCUCCCGGACACAUCCUGUCAAACGACCGGGCAGCUACCGGCAUGGUAUGGAAACCAAAAUCCUGUGAACCAAUUCGCCGGGAAGGCCCCAAGUGGGACCCAGCUCGCCUGAAUGAAUCCACUACCUUUGUAUUGGGAUCUCGAGCCAACAAGGCCCUGGGGAUGGGGGGUACCAGAGGGAGAAUCUACAUCAAGCACCCACACCUCUUUAAGUAUGCAGCUGACCCCCAGGACAAGCAUUGGCUGGCUGAGCAGCAUCAUAUGCGGGCAACAGGGGGAAAGAUGGCCUAUCUCCUCAUUGAGGAGGACAUCCGGGACCUUGCUGCCAGCGAUGACUACAGAGGAUGCCUGGACCUGAAGUUAGAUGAACUAAAAUCCUUUGUCCUACCCUCCUGGAUGGUUGAGAAGAUGCGAAAGUACAUGGAGACACUACGGACAGAGAAUGAGCAUCGUGCUGUUGAAGCACCUCCGCAGACCUGAGGCCAGGCCCCCUGACUACACUUGGCAGCCUGCCUCCAAGACCCUCCCCUCAUGGCUGAGGCCACUGCUGGGACUCCUUCCUACGUGGAUCUCAGCGGCAUUAAGCUGUGCCUGAGCUAGUUUAUAGUGACUCACAGCAGAGUACCCUCAGACUGGCAUGUGAUUCUAUAUUUGUAAAGUUAUUGGGAUAAGAAGCGAUUAAACAGUUUGUAAUAAACACAGAUGGUGAG